UUUCUAUAUAGAGGAGGUAAAUAUCAAAUCUGUGCAUCUCUGUAAUUUUAUCAGCAAGAUCUUAAUCUUUUCUUUUCUUCAUCUGUUUGUCAGUGGACAUAUACGUUUCAACACGCGCGUGGUUCUUCUUGUUUGACCAGUAGGAUUGUAACCGAGUACACCAUGAAGAAGGUUGAGUUUAGUGCCUCUAAUGAGAUUCCUGCAGACUUACUUCUACAGAUAUUUUACAAUUCACCUGUCAAAUCUUUAAUCAGAUUCAGUUGUGUGUCAAAGUUGUGGUUUCACUUAACCAUCAAUGAUCACCAACAAUUCAACAAAUUCCAUUUUGUUGAAUCUCAAAAGAAGCCAAUUCUCAUAUUUACAUUCCGAGUUGCGUACGACAUUAAGAAAUUUUACUAUUUGGAGAAAGAAGAACACGAUAAUGCUCUCAAACUCCUUCCUUAUCAAAAGAAAGAAAUCCAAAACAAGUAUGUGAUCGGGAAUGUGAAUGGGUUAUUUUGUUAUUGGAACUUAGGUAGCCGUCCAAUGUGUGAAUGGGUUUAUUUCUCACUUGAAGUUUGCAACCCUAGUAGGGUUAAGAAGUUAACCAUUGUCUCCCGGUUGAAGAGUAGGGUAGGUCAAAUCGUUUAUGGAUUUCGAUUUGGAUAUGACCACUUGAAAGACGAAUACAAGGUGAUUGGAAUACUAAAAUUUAAGGAAGAAUAUGAAUAUUACGUCCUUACACUAGGUGGUAUUGAACAUUGGAGACAAAUUCAUAACCCGCGGCCAAAACAUCGUCCAACGAAAUAUUUUGAAUCUACCGGUAGAAGAGUAGUGCCACCUAUCUCUUGUGGUGGAACUAUCUUUUACGAGAUAGAAAAAGAUGAAUGUUUUACUUUGGUAUCACUCGAUCUACAUAGUGAGAAAUUUCAAAUGAUUAAACUUCCGUGUGAUGGUGAUUUUAGUAACUUGUAUCCAUCGGAGUACAAAGGAUGUUUUUGUUAUUCAAGUGUGCAGAAAAUCAAUCCUCAUAAAGGUAAGGUUGCACUAUAUAUGUUGAAAGACAUAGUUACGGAAGAUUGGGUUAAGGAAAUUAUAGAGUUCGAUCUUCCUAGAGAGUUGGACUAUCCUGCUCCUCCUAGUAGUACUCGUAUUAUGAAUUUUCCUAACCAAGUGUUUCUGUAUUGGUGGGUGUACAAUGAAGAAAAUGAUCAUUUUAUCCAGUUCUACAAUGUGCAUUCAAAAGAAUUUAAAGAAAUAAAAAUUCCUAGUGAAGGAUAUACCGACUGUCGUGAGUAUAACAUAUCUAGUCAUAUAGAAAAUUUUGUUUCUUUAAAAAUUUUGGCGGUAAUGACGAACGAAGGGAACACAAGAGCAAUGGAGGCAUAUAAGGAAAACCCGGAUCGAGUACAACAACUUUUUACUGGGAUGCCAACCACUAAUCCGACAGUUAUUUCUUUUGUAGGCCAUUUUUAUUUUUUUUUAAAAUAA